AUGCCUUACCGACAACAUGCUCCUGGCUCCAACACGAACACCGGCAGUCAGCCAAAACAUACAACUUCUGGCCGAGCCGAUGACUCGGACCGUGGUAGUACGGGCUUGAUGCAAAGGAUAUCUGCAGCGAACCAAUCCCAACCGACACUGUCACACAAUGUAGGAGACAAUCUCGCAUCGAAGAAACCGCCGUCUUCCUUCCCGGCCGCCUCGAUGAACACCGUUUCGAAGGCUACUCCUGGUGAAAAUGUGUCUUCCAACUCAGCCUCUACCGCACGGCGAAGACAGUCGUCCAUUCCCAGCGCCAGAGCCCCCAUGGGUCCUCGACCCCUGGAUCACGGAACGGGCAAAAGGACUGCCAGUAAUCCCAUGACUCCGCAGUUCAACUCUCUCCGAGGUCCCUCUGCCGUCACUUCCCAAAAUCCUUACGCCUACGAGUUAUCUAUCAACGACCUUUCACGAUUCAGUUUCGCAUCAAUACAAGCCAAACAACUGUCGGAAGGUGGAGGACAUGGAUUGCUGGAUUUCGGCAACUUCGUGGAGCCAACGUUCAACUUUGACGAUUUUCAAGAUACGAUUGUUGGCACAGAGCCGAGCUUAAAUCAUUUCCCUCUGCCUGGCCGGGGAACCAACGUUAAAGCUCCCCCUUCGGCUGAUACACCCAGCACCGACCACAAGAAGUCCCAGGCCCAGCCUGCAAUCCCCGUGCCUGCUCGCAGAGGCUCGGGCAUGACACCACUAACUCGCAAAAGUUCCACUGCCUCCAACACGUCCCGAAAUUCGAUUAGGUCGGACCCCAUUACUGCAACGUCGAUACUUCGAGGCAGGAGACAAAGUCAUUUCCCGCCGAACUCGUUCAACAACCCCAAUAGUGGUGCCACAGCUCCGAGGAAAUCCGUGGGUCCUGGAACUUUCAUUCCCCCGGACCCACCAGGCAAGUCGACGGUGAGAAGGCGACCCAGUGCCGGCGGGAGGAAAUCAAGCGCGGAAAGUGCAAAAGCAUUGUCAUUGAGGAGUCUCGGCUGCUCAGCAGAAGAAAACGGUGCGGAAGAUUGCAAGACACCUGGGACGGUGAGGUCAAGAGCAUCAUUGGCCCCGAAAAGGCAGGCAUCCAAAGACCUGCUUACGCCGUCAAGAACACCGGACAUCUCGAAGUCUACUUCCAGUAGCGCCCACCAUACCCCGACGCGUGGGAGCGGAACGCCGGGGAUGAUAACCACGCCAGGGGCAAAUGGUGAUCGAAAUCGACGGAUAUCUGCCAUGCCCCAUCAUGCCACAGGGCUGGGAGCGCGAACUGUAAGCCCGACCGACGCACGCCGCAUGAAACGAAUGUCGAUGGUUCCUCCAGCACCACCAAUACCUCAGAGCAGGAUUUCUCAAGCUCCUCCGACUCCGCAGCCGGAACCGGUACCACAGUUGCCUCAGCCUGAUCUACAGUCGCCCCUUGCCUCGACUCGCAAAAGCCUAACGCCGUCAUCUUCCAGGACCACACCCGAUCCUUACCGGAAAUCAUACAGUUCGGGUCAGUCCUUGUCGUCGAAUACUAGUUAUAGUUCGGUUCGCAACCUUGUCAACAACGCCGCAAGACUAUCCCAGACGACGAACUCUUCAAGGUUACCAGCGCCUAAGCCCCGGCUUGAGACCUCUACCACUACUACUCAGGGAUUGGAAGUUCCUCCAGUUCCGGCGAUACCCAAGGCGUACGAGUCGCCAGGGAGUGAACUAGAUCAACCCUUCUUCUCGGCCCGGUCCUCCAGUCUUCCACCCUUUGACGAGGCCAUUGCCACCAGUCCCGGAGUCUCAGCAUUGGGCGAUGCGAUGAACGCACUGGAACUCCCUCAAGCCCCUAGUACGUCCACGCAUACCCCUGGGCCGAGCCCCCAUAUGGAAACAGAACCCAAAGGCCCACCACAGCGCAAAGCCAGUAAAAGGAGCAUCCAUACGCUGCGAUUACCACCUCUGAACCUGUUGCCGCUGAGUACCCCUACCUCUGCAAAGAUCAGGUCGUUGAACGCAAGAACUGAGUCCAAUGAAAGACCAGGAACGCCCCCGGGGUCUCGUGGUGCCUUGAAGACCCCUAGUACGCCGAUGACAGCGUCUAAAGCAACCUUUUUCUCCCGCGGACACAAAGCUACCGAAGAGAGCUUAGCUCUUCGAAGUAGCACUUCACAUCAUGCUCUUCGGUCGGACGGCUUGCGAGCUCCCAGCGACAGCAGUCCCAGCCUACCUCCUUUUACCUUUGAAUCGGACAAAGCGAGCCAUCGCAAUAUUUCACCCUUUGUCUCGUCCUCUUUACCCAAGGGCAAUGAUGACUUUUCGACAUACAUGCGACCAAACUUUGCUUCAGAACAAAGUAGGAAUGCAAGUGCUGCACGACCAAAUGGGCCUCGGGUGCCCAGCUCCUCUGUCACGCCAAAGGCUGACGUCUCUCCGAGCUCUGUCCAGAACCAACCGGAGAAGCACUCAGAAAGCGAGACGGGGUUCUCUACGUCACUCAGGAGGAGACUCAGUCGUAAACGAAGUGAACAGAAGGUCCCAGAGCCGGCUCAACAGAGCAAAGAUCCUGCCAAAUAUGACAACAUGCCACCUCCAAAACUGCCGGCCUCCGCGAGUUGGACUAAUCCUCAAACCGCCAACGGUAGUCCGUCUCAAAGACCAUCAUACAUCAGAUCAAGGAGACAAACCUCCACUUCAAGUAUGAACAAUGGCCCGGAGCGUCAGGGUAGUCAUGAUAGUUCCAUGUCACAUUCUUCCAGCACCCGACCUCCAACAGAGCCAAACCGGACCUCAACGACGCAUGCAAACCGGUCAGGAUCUCUGUCUGCAAGCACACAUAGUCUUCUUGCUGCCAAACCUGCCGGCCAGCGCCAGCAGGAACCUGCUCUUGAUCGUGACGAUAUGGUUGCCGAGGAAGAGAUGAAGAAGCUUGCCUCCAAGAGAAAAGACUUUGAAUCGGCUGCUCGCGAACUCGACGCUCUCCAAGCAAGAGCCCGACCGGCUCGUCGCCUGUCGGCCGACACGGCUGCCAGGUCAUUCGACUUGAACAUUUUCGAACGGGGCGAAAUCGUGGAUUACGCCGACAUUUAUUUCGCCGGAGCUAGCAAUACGCGAAAAAUCGUUGGCGACUUGAGUUCGGCGGCGUCAAACUUCGGAUACGAUGAUGACCGAGGCGACUAUAACAUUGUCGAAGGCGACCAUCUCGCAUAUCGAUAUGAAGUCGUGGAUCUCCUGGGAAAAGGCAGUUUUGGCCAAGUCGUACGCUGUGUGGACCAUAAGACAGGAAUCCUUGUUGCCGUCAAGAUCAUUCGCAACAAGAAGAGAUUUCACCAACAGGCGCUGGUGGAGGUCAACAUUCUCCAAAAGCUGAAAGAAUGGGACCCCCAUAAAAAGCACAGCGUCGUCAAUUUCGAUCAAAGUUUCUACUUUCGAGGUCACCUCUGCAUCUCCACAGACCUCCUAGGCAUGAAUCUUUAUGAAUUCAUCAAGGCCCACGAUUUCCGAGGAUUCUCCUUGAAGCUGAUUCGACGAUUCACUAAACAAUUGCUCCAGAGUCUGGUCUUGCUGCAUCAGCACAAGGUGAUUCAUUGCGAUUUGAAACCCGAAAAUAUACUUCUCGCCCACCCUGUGCAUUCUGAGAUCAAGGUCAUCGAUUUCGGAUCAAGCUGUUUCGAAAAUGAAAAGGUUUACACCUACAUCCAAUCACGGUUCUAUCGUUCACCCGAAGUGAUCCUUGGAAUGUCUUACGGCAUGCCGAUCGACAUGUGGAGUCUCGGAUGCAUCCUGGCAGAGCUGUAUACAGGGUACCCAAUCUUCCCUGGCGAGAAUGAGCAGGAACAGUUGGCCUGUAUCAUGGAGGUGUUUGGGCCGCCGGAAAAGCAUCUGAUCGAGAAAAGUAGUCGAAAGAAACUGUUUUUCGAUUCAAUGGGCAAGCCUCGACUGACAGUUUCCUCGAAAGGGAAGAGAAGACGGCCCAGCUCCAAGGAUCUACGACAAGUCUUGAAAUGUGACGACGACGCAUUCUUGGAUUUCAUUGCGAGGUGUCUGAAAUGGGACCCAUCACGACGCAUGAGCCCUCACGAAGCGAACAAGCACGAAUUUAUUACCGGCAUCAAAUUGAGCUCGGCCAAUGCCAGGAGGCAGGUCGCUACAACCGUGAACUCUCCGAUCAAAAGGAUGAACUCUACGACCACUUCUGGUGGCGCCAGGCCCUUGCCACAACCUCCAAUGGCCAGUUUAAAGGCUCCAGUCGGCAGUCGGCAGGAGACGUCGCCCAGCAAACCUGGGGCAAGACGGCAAUCGACAAUUGCUGGCACAGCCGCCACUGUGGCCCACUCGCAGGCCAAAAGGGCUUCACACACAGCCAUGACAUCUUCGGCAUCGAACCCCAGCUUGACGAAAUUGACUGUCGGUCAACGGAGUAUGAGCGGAAGGUCUGACUUGGCUGCCGCGGCGGCUGCGGCUAGUCUAGUCAAGUAG